CUCCUAAGGGUAUGGUUGAUGCUAACAAGGAAUUGAUCACCGUCGGUCUCUGCAAUCUUGCCGGUUCCUGCGUACAAUCUAUGCCCGUAUCAGGCGCCUUCUCGCGUUAUGCCAUCAGCAACGCUUGUGGACUCAGAACUCCAAUGGCCAACUUGUACCUGGGUGUAAUUGUGCUACUGGCUUUGGGCUUUCUCAGUCCCUACUUCAACUACAUACCCGAAUCAACGCUUGCCGCCAUUUUGAUGUGCUCCAUUGUAACUUUGCUGGACCUGCAGCUACCACAGCGUUUGUGGCGCGAUGCUAAGCGUGAUUUUUGCGUGUGGGUGCUGUGCUUUACUGUCUGCAUCCUAUGCGGCGUGGAAGUGGGCCUGCUAGUCAGUAUUAUAGUGACAGUCUUACAUUUACUAUUCCUAUGGGCGCAUCCUGUGAUCUCAGUGCAUGUAGAAGAGGUCAAUGAGCUGCAAUUCAUACGCGUCACGCCCACUGGCGUCAUCUAUUUCCCCGCCAUCAAUCAUUUGCGCGCCAAAGUGCUGAAAGCAUGCGAACGCGUCAACUUCAGUCUACCUGUGGUUAUGGAUUGUCAUAAGAUCACCGGCAUC